GAUUGCAUCGGAGAACAGGAAGCACAUCGUGGCCACAGGAAUAUCUGUGAACGUCCUUCUCCUUCUAAAUCUGAUGAAGGUAUUAUACAAUUAUUCGGCCACAAGCAAAGACGCUUAAUUUUGGUUCAUUGUCAUAAUGAAAGGACUAAAGUUACUGUUGGUCAAAUUAAGUGUUUUGAAAGUGAAAUUUCUAAUUAUCCAGUAAAUACUUUGGGAAUUUAUGUAAUAGAUGAUGAUACAUUUUCGAAACGCUCUUUAACUCUUGCAAAUUCAAAUAAAAAUAUUUUACUCACACGAUUUGUUGAUAUCAACACAACUGUCUCAGUUGAUAUUUGA